AUGUCUACCACAGCUGCUCUUCAGGCCCGUCUGAAGGGGCUAUCGACUACUCUGGGUCAGAUCCAGCCUCUUCUCGACAGACUACGCAAUUUCACGGAAUCUAUCGGACAAGGAAAUGAGGCGCGUCUUGAGCUCGGUGCGGAGAUUCGUGCCCAGCUCAAAGAUGCUGAGGAUGAAUUCGAACUUCUGCGAGAAGAGGUGAAUGCACUCAAGACGGAUGCUGGGGGAAGGAAAAGAUCCGCCACGAGUAUGAACGGAGAAAAGGAGACGGAGAAGGAAAGAGUCAUUGCCAUGGCGGGGCGAUUAGAGGAUGAUUUGAAGAGAAUCCCGGGAGAAUUCCGACAUGCUCAGCUACAAGCCAAGCGCAAUGCCGAGCUGGCGCAACGCAAGGAGCGAGAACUACUAUUCUCGAGACCACAGUCGCCACCCACAAAUCAACAGAAAUCAUCAGAUAAAUUUACGCAGGAUGAUCUGGUGCGUAAUGCGUCGAGUGAUGUUACCGCUGCGCUGCGCCGAACCCAUAAUCUCAUGCGAACGGAGUUAUCCCGCAGCACGUUCGCCCAGGAAACCCUCGAACAAUCUUCUGCCGCCAUCAGCUCUCUUUCCGAAUCCUACAGUAGCCUCGACACUCUCCUCUCUUCCUCCCGCAGUCUCGCCAACUCUCUUCUCCGCUCACAAAAGUCCGAUACUUGGUAUCUUCAGACAGCAUUCUAUAUUCUUGUUGGAACAAUAGGCUGGUUGGUCUUCCGCCGGAUCCUUUGGGGACCGACCUGGUGGCUUGUAUGGCUUCCCCUCAAGUUUUCCUGGAAGUUCUUGUUUACAGUUUUGGGUGCUGUCGGGCUAUCCCGUGGGUCGGCGGAAAUUUCGGCGAGUCCGAUUGGAAGUGAUAUAUCUUCGGCUAUCCAGCAGACUGCAACAGCGGUUACUGGAGGUACAGUGCCACGUGGGACUCCCGAGGGAGAUGUUCAUACUCCGCAGCAAGACGAGGAGGAUCGAAUUAUUGACAAGAUUGGUCAAAUGGUCGAAGAUGGAAAGCAAGACGAACCGGAGCCGAUUUCGCCCGAAGAAAUAGCCAGAGCUGAGCAGCAACCUCGAAAUACGAAGAAGCGGAUGUGGGAAGAGGAGGUCCGGGAUGAACUAUAG